UGCAUGUCUAUAUGCCUGCCUGAGAUUUGUUCACUCAGACGCUUCCGUCCCUCACCGGUAUACUUUACCGAGAGAGAGAGGGAGAGAGAGACAGAAUGGAGAAAGCUCUGACAAAAGUGGGCAGCUUAAAGGUUGUGGUUGGGAGCUCAUGGAUUACGAAGAAAGCGAAGGAGGAGUUCUCUAAUCUAACUGAAGACAUCACUACUCUGUCAAACACAGUGGAAGACAAGGCAAAGUGGAUUUUCAACAAACUAAAAGGAAAGCCAGUGAAAAGCUUACCAGAUCUCCUUCAAGAGUACAACUUACCACGGGGCCUCUUUCCCCAGAACAUAACCUGCUAUGAAUUUGAUGAGUCCAAAGCCAAACUGGUUGUGUACUUGCCUUCUGUAUGUGAGGUCAGCUUACAAGACUCCUCUGUGAUAAGGUAUGCUACUCGAGUUAAAGCAAUUUUGGGGAGAGGAAAGCUUAUGGGCAUAGAGGGAAUGAAGACAAAGGUUCUAGUGUGGGUUAAAGUGACAAAUGUGGCGGUAGAGGGCUACAAGUCUGAUAAGGUUUGGUUUACAGCUGGUGUGAAGAAGUCAAGGCCUACAGAUGCUUAUCAGAUGCCCCGUGAUGCCGUCAGAGUAAAAGAAUUUUGAAUUUGGACUGAAGAAUGAAUAUCAUGGUCAUGGGGAUUCAAAGACCUAAAUCAUUGCUGGUAUUCAUAUAGAGUAGAUAUCAGUAACCUUGUUUUUCUUUGUAUUAGAUUGGAUGCACUAUUAUGGUUUUCAGCACUUCAGAUCUCGUCUGCUCUGGGUUUAAGAUACGCAUGUUAUGCAGAGUUUGAUGAUUGCCAUUGCCAUUUGAACUUUUACGAUAACACUCAAGAUAGGGUGAAUGGCCAGCAAUUGCUGACCAUGCUAAAAGUUGUAGGAUGAUGAUAUUAUCAAACUGGUGCAGGUAACUGCUGUGGGUAUCAAUGGUGCAAUGAAACUGCAUGAUCUUGUGCUUUUGGAAA